UUGAUGGUUUGAGCUCAGAUGACCCGCCCUCGUGAGCAGCACACACACGCUGCCUGCUGCAAGCUCCGCUCCGCUCUGUAAUUCACUCUGGAGAAGCGAUGAAGGACAUACUGGUACUGCUGCUUCUGCUGACUCUCCGAACUAUCAAGGUUUCCUCACUCCCAUAUCAGCCUGACUCCAAUGGAAAUUGUCGCAACCUGACAACAGAAUACUUGCAUGAUGGUAUUAACUUGUGCUGCAAGAAAUGCCCCCCUGGGCAACGACUGAGGCAAGAGUGCUCUAGAAACUCCGACUCUGAAUGUGAACCAUGUGGAUCAGACCAGUACAUCGAGACCUGGAACUACACCCCAAACUGCUUGUCCUGCACCAAGUGCAAAGAGAAAAAAGGUCUUGUGAAUCACCAGGACUGCACCUCAACCAGAAACGCCAAGUGUGUUUGCAAAUCUGGGAUGUUCUGUGAGAUGGGGUUUAAUAAUCCAUUCUGCACAGACUGUAGGGAGUAUAGAGUUUGCAGACCUGGAUUAAGAGUUUCUGUGCCAGGCACGCUGAACUCUGAUGUGAAGUGUGAGAAAUGCCCCACCAAUCCCUGUCCGCUUCGUACAACAGUACAAACGGUAACGACUACAGUUACAGUAAACGCCACAACGCCACGAGGCCCGCGGCAGAUGACGCAGCCUGUCAGGUCUCACCUAACCCUGGAACCCAAAGGCCCUAAACCAGAACAACCCAUCAGUGAAAUGGUUGCGGUCAUUGCUGGUGCCUCUGGAUUCCUUUUGUUUCUUAUCAUCGUCUUCCUCCUGCUGAUACUUUGCAAACGAAAGAAAACUAGAGAUUCUGGACACUUGUCACCUAAGGUAGAUGCAAAUGGAAACUGUGAGGCAGCAGAACAGAAUGGUCACAGCAACUUCUCUCAGAUGAUUUCAUACAAACUUACCUCACCGGAGCAAAUGUGUCUGCUGGAGAAAGGGGAAGUCACCAGUGACCAAAGUGUGAGCAGCAGCGAUACCGAAACUUCAACCAGGGCAGAUGGUUCCAGCAGCCAUGAGUCCCUCAGGCCUCUACAACCAACUUUAGGCCUUGACAAUGCAGCGUCUCUCCUGUCGGAGCCCAUGACCUUACAGUCCUUCACGGACCCCGCCGCUCCUCAACGCAGCAUCAGCACACAGAGCUCCUCUCAGCCCACCAGCCCGCAGAUUGUCAGCCCCGUAACGAACAGUCCCCACGUCAACGUCAACAUCACUUUGCAUAUAGGAAAUGGUUCCUGUGGGACGCCAUCUUUUCAGCCGACAGACUUUAACCAAGUGGAGCAUCAACUUCCCUUUGGACAGGAAGAGGAGUCCGUCAGCUCUCCUCAGCAAGAGGCAGGCAAACUGUCGUUUAUGUCAGUCGAGGAGAGCCCCAGCUAUUGCACAUGAAAACUCCUGUCCCUUCUGAACAUUUUUUUAAUAUUACUUUAAAAAGCUUUGACUGAAAGAAUGUGCAGCAAAAACCCAGUGCUUUGUUUUGUCGUCAGCUGUUACUUUAUGGGUAUGUGUAUAUAUUGUUUGUUGUUGUACAUAAAUGUUCUAAAUAUAGAUUUAUUAAACUUUUUUUUUUUUUUUUUUACAUAUAUUUCUGAUUUGUA